UUAUGUCCAAAGGCCAGGUGUGCACCAGCCAAUACCGUUUCCUGACUAAGAGUGGGGGCUUCGUGUGGGCAGAGACCCAGGCUACAGUCAUAUACAACAACAAGACCUCCCAACCAGAGGCUGUGGUCUGUCUUAACUUUAUCCUCAGGUAAUGCCCCACCUCCUCUCUACUCUCAAAGGGGACAUACGUUCACCCCUUUCCAUUCUCCCUACCCUACAUCUUCUCCAUACUUAUUUAUCAUGUCACUAUCUAUCUGUCUGUCUUUCUGUGUCUCUCUUUCUGUCUCACGAUCUAUCUAUUUCUCUCUCUCUCUCUCUCUCUCUCUCCUCUCUCUCUCUCCUCUCUCUCUCCUCUCUCUCUCUCUCUCUCUCUCAGUGUGGUGGAGCAGGCAGAUGUGGUGUUCUCAGUAGAUCAGACUGGCUGUGGGCUGAAGAGUGAUCCUGUCUCUGAGGCCUCAGAGGAGACCUUGUGUGACAGUGACAACAGGAAGAACAGUGACGACAGCAGCUGUGUUGAGCUCUUCCUCCAGCUGAAGGAGAACCCUGAGGACCUCCUCCAACUGGCCCCUGUCUCAGGAGACCCCAUCGUACCCCUCACAGGUCAUCCUCACACUUUAAUUCACACCUUAGUACUAUACCAACUUGUGGUUAGUCUCCCCUGAGAUUGGAAGGUUGGGAGUUUGAUCCCCGGUGGAAUACCAAAAGAUUCUGGGGCCUGAGGCCCUGCGACACACUAGUGUACUAGUAGAUCAAGCUGCCUCAUGCUACAGAAGCUAUGGGCCAUUCUGGCUCAGACAAGGCUUACUUACUACACAUUCAUUCACUGUCAUAAGUGCUCACAAGGCUGUUUUAUGUUUUGUGUCUUGACAUGUGUUUUCUGCAGACAUUGCAGAGCUGUCGUUCAGCCUUCCAUCAAGCCCUAACUCCGUACCAGAUUUCCCUCAAGAGCUGUGCACCCCUGAGUUAUGGACGCUCCUCUCACCCAUAUUCGGCAAGCUCACCUCAUCAUCACCAGCACUGGUAAGAACUUUGGUUGAUUCUUAAAUGUCAGUAAAGAUACAUCUCUCUAGAGUCUAUAAUAUAUGGACCCAAUGUGUUCUCACUGAUGAGGAAUCCACUAUAUAUCUGUCCUCGUCAGAUCCCCAUUGAGGAGCUGCCAAUAGAGGAUGAGGUGGAGAAGUUCUUUGCCGUCUGUCCAGAUGAGAGCGUGCAGAAGGAAGACCAGCCUGAGGUACAUAUAGUAUACAGCUGAACACUUAAUAAUGUGCACAGUCACAACACAAUGACCUAGCUAGACCACACACACAACAGUGCUGGAUUUCUAGUACUUUCUUAUUUCUUCAAUACCUCAAACUAUUUUGAGAGAGGCAAAUUAGUAAGAGGGAGGCCAUACCUGUGAUUGAGCACUCUGUCUCCUGUGCUGGUAGGACGUGGAAGUGAUUGAUCUGGACAUGCUGGCGCCGUAUAUCUCCAUGGAUGAUGAUUUCCAGCUCAGCGUCCAGCUCCCUGAGACCUCUGAGAGCCCCUCCCCAGAGCCCCCCACUGCUACCAGGAAACGGUAACAAUCUACUCUACUCUACUGACCCACUGCUGUCUGGGUCACACCAGUGAGAGAGACAAGAUUGAGCGACAGUGGUGUUGGAUGUUUUGGAGUGACAUUGGUAUGGGUUGUUUUGGAGUGACAGUGGUGUUGGAUGUUUUGAAGUGACAGACAGUGGUGUUGGAUGUUUUGGAGUGACAGUGGUGUUGGAUGUUUUGGAGUGACAGUGGUUUUGGAUGUUUUGGAGUGACAUUGGUAUGGGUUGUUUUGGAGUGAUAGUGGUUUUGGAUGUUUUGGAGUGACAUUGGUAUGGGUUGUUUUGGAGUGACAGUGGUGUUGGAUGUUUUGAAGUGACAGACAGUGGUGUUGGAUGUUUUGGAGUGACAUUGGUAUGGGAUGUUUUGGAGUGACAUUGGUAUGGGUUGUUUUGGAGUGACAGUGGUGUUGGAUGUUUUGGAGUGACAGUGGUGUUGGAUGUUUUGAAGUGACAGACAGUGGUGUUGGAUGUUUUGAAGUGACAGACAGUGGUGUUGGGUGUGUUGGAGUGACAGUGUUGCUGAAUGUUAAUGUUCCUCACUGUAACUUCCACAGGAGUCAUGAGCAGGAUGAAGACAUGCCCUCCCAGCUGAUGAGUCAGGACAAGAGACAGAGACACUCAGUGUCCCCCAUCAAGCAGGAACUGCUUCUCCGCUACACCCUGCUGGUGAAAAGGGGGUUUAGGGUUGGGGGAGGAGGGGUUUUAGGGUUGGGGAUAGUGUAUAGAAUAUGUUCAAGGCAUCAUUAAAAUGACUUAAUGAACAAUGAUGUGUUAUUAAAGUUGAAACGGUGUGUGUUUCAGGACUGCCUGGAGGAUGCAGACAGCCCAGAGAUGGAGCUGGGGCCACGCCCCUGCAGGCGGAGCCAACUGCUGACGGACAGGGACCCCAUCCUCGGGGAAGCCCAGGGACAAUGUGACACUGCAGGUACAAACACACGUCAUGGUACUACUGUAUCUUGGGCAAAUAUUUAGGCUUCAUGUUUGGUAUUUGCAUACUAUGUCAUAUUGUACCUACCAAAUUCACUCUUGCUAAUAUCUACCGAAAUAGGUGAUGAUGACCAAUCCACCUCAGAUCUCCUCCUCUUCCCCUUCUCUCUCAUGUUCUCCCACAGCCUUGAUGAGGGACCUCUUCUUGUCCCGCCCACCUGACCCCCUGACCUCCUCUCUGACU